GCCCGACCGAUUAUCGGCCGCACCGAUAUAUCGGGCCGAUAUUUAACAUUUUAGGGAUAUCGGUAUCGGCCAUACUUUCCAUAAAUUCCCACCGAUAAGUUCAUAUAAUUUUCACAACCAAUUUUGCAGCCGUUUCGUUCUGAACGCGCCUUCCGCUCUUGCCACUUGGAAUUCAUGAGCCUUGCCAAGUUGCCCCGCCCGUCACAGCAUCUGAUUGGUUUGGCACACGGAAUACAACCAAUCAACACGCAAGGCUGCAAGCGGGGCGGGGUGCCUUCACGCUCCCUGUGACUCGUGAGCGGUUUCUAGACGGCCACGUGGGGCUAAGGACGGUGCUGCGUGCGGAUACAACUUAAAGCAGAGAAAUCACAUUUCCUUCGAGAUGGAUGUGCCAACAGGAAAGACACGAGCCAAAAGUGCAGUGUGGGACUACUACAGCCAGUCAGGUGGUGUAGGCAAAGCAGUUUGCAAUGCAUGCAAAGUCUCGGUCAGCACUGGCGCUACAGUGGCUAAAACGGCCAACACAUCUAAUCUAUGGUCCCAUCUCAGAAGUCACCAUAAAGAAUUAUAUGAAGCGGCAAAGAAGGAGCAGCGCGAAAUGGAAUCUCAGAAAGCACCAUCACACCAGCCUACAGUGGCAGACCUGUUUCAGCGACAAAAACAGUGGGCCAAUUCAGAUGAGAAGUCUAAGCAAAUAGAUAAACUUAUUGCAGAAAUGAUAAUUACUGACAACCAGCCAUUUUCCGUUGUCUCUGAUGUUGGUUUUCAGCGCCUUGUGGCUGCUCUUAAUCCAAGAUAUGCACUUAAAAGCGAGAAGUUUUACCGCACUGAAAAGAUACCGGCAAUCCAUGCAAAGGUUGUGCAAAAGAUAAAAACCCUUAUCCAACCAGAGAAUGCUGGGUUCCCAUUGGCGUUUACCACAGACUGCUGGUCUGGAACAACAGAGUCCCUAAUGAGCCUGACAUGCCACUUCAUUACCAAUGAGUGGGAGAGGAAGCAAGUUGUUUUGAACACGACGGUCAUGGAAGGAUCCCAUACAGGGCAGUACAUCAAGGAUAAAUUCCUUCAAAUGAUUGAGGAAUGGCACAUUGACAAAGAGCGCAUAGCCCUUGUCCUUCGUGACAGUGGUGCCAAUAUGAUGAAAGGCAUGAGGCUUGCUGAAGUACCAGACCUCAGCUGCACUGCUCACCAGUUGCAGCUUGUUGUAAAUGAUGGCCUGUCCUGUCAGAGAGCAGUGAUUGACACAAUUGCUUCAGUGAAGCAUUGUGUCACACAUUUUCAUCAUUCUGUCCUGGCCAAGGACCGUUUGAAAACAAUUCAGCAAGAACUUGGCCUUCCAGUCCACCAGUUCAUACAAGCAGUUCCAACCAGGUGGAACUCAACACUGCACAUGCUGCAGAGAGCACUGGAGCAGAAAAGAGCAUUAACUCUCUACUCUGGGGAGUAUGGGGGGUUUGCUGCUCCAAGUGCUCACCAGUGGGACCUGGUAGCUAAUCUUGUGGAGACCCUGAUUCCCAUUGAGGAGGUCACGCUGGAGGUGAGCAGCAGCAGUUCCUCUGCGUCCUCAAUCAUUCCAUGUGUCGGUGUGUUGAAGAUGCUGCUGGAGGAUGAAGGACCCAGAACAACCGGGAUCAAAACUCUUCGGCAAGGUAUGAAGGAAAGCCUCAUCAAGAGGUUUGCAAAGCUUGAAGAAACCAAGCAUGUUGUUCUGGCCUGUCUGCUAGAUCCACGUUACAAGGAUAAUGCCUUUUCCUCUGACAACACAAUAGAGAAGGCGAAGCAGUGGCUCAAGGAUGAAGUAGAGAGUGCCUCGGCGGAGGCACAUGAUGAAGAAACAGCACAGGAGGUUGAUGUGGCGCAAGAGGCCGAAGCAGAAGAAUACACUGCAGAACAACAGGCCCGAAAAAAACAGAGGAGAAAUGAGGCACCAUCUGGCAGCCGGAUAGAUGCCAUCUUCAGCUCUUUGCUAGGACCACAUGCGGGAGAGGCAUCGGCCUCAGAUGCUGGGCUUGAUGAGGAGGUGAGGUUGUAUCUCAUGGAGCCAAUCAUUGACCGCCGAAAGGGGGAUCCACUCCAGUGGUGGAAGCAGAAUGAACAACGAUUUAAGCUUCUGGCUAAACAAGCCAGGAAGUUUCUGUGCGCACCGCCCUCAUCGGUUCCCAGUGAGAGAGUCUUCAGUGAGAUCUCUCUGAUCUACUCGAAGAACAGGAGAAGCCUCACUGGGCAACAUGCCGAGCAGCUGUGCUUCCUGCACUAUAAUGUUCUUUUACUUAAUUGGCAAUAUUAGGCUUGGGCAUUAAACCAGCCUAUUGUUCAUUGCAAAGUACAGUGAUGUUUUACUCAUUUCUCAUAGCAGGUUUUACUCAGUUCUCAUAGCAGGGAGUGAUUUUAUUUUUUAUUGAUGAUUAUUUAUUCAUUGAUUUAUUUAUUUUUUCCCAGUUUUAUUCUAUGUUAAGUUAUUCUAAGUUAAGUUCGGCUUUAUUUUACAAAUGCUGUUGGCAGCUCCCUGUACUUAAAAUGUUUACUAUUAAAAACACUUAAUGGAAGUUCGAGUCAGUGUGUGCCAUUUUUAAUUUAUUCGAGAAUUUUUUUCUUCUAUUUAUCGGUUGCACAUAUCGGUUAUCGGCCUCCCAUUUUCAUAAAUAUCGGUAUCGGU